AUGAAGGAGAAAGUAGAUAAAAUUGGCCCUUACCCCUUCUGAGAAAAACAAAAAGCUGCCAUGGACAACACAGCGAACGUCAAAGCUUCUUCUUUGAGAUGGAAAAUUCUUCGUCGCGCGCUUCUCUCACGCGCCACUCCACCAGACUCAGAAGAACAAUCUCACAUUAUUAUUAAGCGCAUUUCGAGAAGGACCAGCCAUGGAUUCAACUUGAUACCCUCACAUGUAAUCGACGACGAACGUCACCCGAACAAACGCGACUGUUCUUCCACCAGAGACACUCGCGUUUGUUACACUUUACCUAUCUCUGACGCUCCUCAACUCUUUCUGACACAAAGAGUGGACAGCCGUGCUGACCUUGAUGAUUUUGAAAUAUGCAACAGAUACAACAUUGACAAUACUGGGCUUGUUUGUAAUUGGCCUUCAGAAGAUGUUCUUGCUCACUAUUGCUUGUCACAUGCAGAUAUAUUCAGGUCUAAAAAGGUUAUUGAGCUUGGUUCUGGCUAUGGGUUGGCUGGAUUUGUUAUUGCAGCUGCUACAGGGGCAUCCGAGGUUGUAAUCUCAGAUGGAAAUCCACAAGUAGUUGAUUAUACUCAGCGUAAUAUUGAAGCCAACACUGGAGCAUUUGGGGAUACAGUUGUGAAGUCUAUGACUCUUCACUGGAAUCAGGAGGAUAUUACUAAUUUAGCGGACACGUUUGAUAUCAUCAUUGCGAGUGACUGCACUUUCUUUAAGGAUUUCCACAGAGACCUUGCUCGUAUUGUCAAACAUUUAUUAUCAAAAGCCGGAUCUUCUGAGGCUAUAUUUUUAAGUCCAAAAAGAGGCAACUCGUUGGACCUGUUCUUGGAGUUGGCCAAGGAAAAUGGCUUACGUUUCAGUGUAACGGAGAACUAUGACCAAGAAGUCUGGAAACGUCAUGAGGGAUUCUUGAGUGAAGACCGGGACUCUUGGCCCAGUUAUGAGAAAGGUCACAGCUAUCCACUCUUAAUCAGAAUUACCCUUUGAGCUUUCUUUUACGUAUUCUCCUGGGGCCUCUUUCUGUUGUUGGUUGACUCCUAGACAAUGUUCAAACCAAUUCUGAGACAGGAAUUGUCCUGAUUCAGACACUACCGAUUUCAUGCUUUCAUUACGUAAUACAUUAUUUUGUUGGUUGGGUCACAUCUUCCGUAGACAGCAGUAUUCUCAUCCACGAAGGCUCAGAUGAAUUUGCAUAGUGUGAUUCACCUCUAAAGUGCAGAUUAAAUUUUCGGUCCUUAAAGUAUCCAAGAUAAUUAAAACCUUUUCUUUUUGGGCUAAUCCGCCAAGUCAUCGCGACUAAAAGAUGAAAAAAAAGUAAUUGAAAGUUCUGCGCCUGAUAGAUAAUAGCGUGUUAGUAAUAGUAGUGAUUAAAAUGUUUGCUCGACUGUGUCCCAUUAGUGAUUAAAAAAUGGCAGGUUAGAUGAAUCGUGUGUUGGUUUGUUAUGGUUUUAUUAUCUGUAAUGGUAUCUAGGAUUUGCUAUUGGUUUCUGCCUGUGACUUUUGACAGAAAAAAAGCUUCCUUAUCUUGGUUGAACCAUCACAGAUGCAAGUGUAAAGCUUUAAGAUGAGCAGUCCAUUUGAGUGAACAAAGCAAAUCCACCAGUUGAAUGAAGCUGCACUGUGUCAAAAGCUAGCAAUUGGUUCAAUUAAACUACAAUUUAAUCUAACAAGUGGAUUCGAGGUUACUUUUCUCUUCUAACAGUAAUGGGAUGUGCUUUGUCUUUGUAGUGAGAUUAUGUAUGCACCACAGGGGAUUCUUAGCCAUUACGGAAACAACAAUUAAUAUUAAUUUCCAUUUAUUGCCUUCUC